CGACGGUUUCGUUACGGUCGCUGAUAGUGUUGGACUGUCUUGGAUAUUGGCCUCUCGGCGCAUUAUCAUCCCUUGUCUUUUGCCACGGCAGUUGCAUUUCACUAAGGUCUCCGGAACGGUGUCUGCGAUGCCUCAGAGGGCUCCCCUCCAUUGCCCCUCUUGAAUUUCGACCGCGCUUCAUACGCGCUGGAAUUACUUUUCCUUCGACUGAAGAAUAUCAAGCGACCGGCUGAAUUCCCGUUCGCAAUCAUGGGAGCGUCUUUGACCGAAGGUCUAUUGACCUUCUGGCACUCCUACCGUCUCCAUUUCUUCGUGGCCCUGUUCGCCAUCUUCGUCCUCGCUCGAGUCUAUCGCACCGUUCAACCUAAGUCGAAAACCGCCUCCGCCUCGUCAAUCCCGUCGUCCCCCCGCAGCCAGUCCCCCGGAAAAGACGAGAAAGAGAAGCUCAGAGACACGAAACCCCAGACGACGGAGAAGAACGACGUCCAGGUUCCUGCGGCCAAUGAGACAGCUACGAAACCCGCAUCUGGCCCUAAGAGGGUGUCUGGAAAGAAACCGCUGAAGGUUGCGGGACGACGUGGAGGAUCGGAUCAAGGAACGCCUUUGUCCUUCAUCCAGCCCAUCGUGUUCUAUGCCUCGUUGACUGCCACCACCGAAAGAUACGCCCAGGUGUUGAUGGAGGACCUACGUGCUGCUGCGCAGAAACAGGCCGAUCCCGAGAAUCGCGAGCGCGGUAUCCUUCCGCCUAAACUGGAGGACCUGUCUUAUAUCGACUUCGACGACUACUUUACGACGGCUCCCAAGCCUCCCGCAAACUCUCCCGGAACUCGCUACAUGUACUGCUUGCUGAUUCCGACCUAUAACAUCGAUACCGUUCUCAACACCUUCCUGGGCCACCUGGAGGAGACUCAUCACGAUUUCCGCAUCGACACCGGCUCGUUGUCAACAUUGGCUGGCUUCUCCGUCUUCGGGUUCGGUGAUAAGGAAGGUUGGCCUACAGAGGAGGAAGGCUUCUGCUCUCAGGCUAAGGAGCUCGACCGAUGGAUGGCCAAACUCACCGGUCGGAAGCGGGCUUAUCCUCUUGGAUUGGGUGACGUGAAGAGCGACGCCGAGUCUGCGCUGAAAGAAUGGUCCCAGGGAUUGCAGGAAAUCCUUUCGGAUAUUGUGAAGAAUGGCAGUCUGGGCGAAGGUGUUCCCGGUAGUGGCGACGCCCUGGAGAGUGAUGAAGAGGACGUGGACGAGUCCUCGGACGAGGGCAAGCCGAAAAGCCGGAAGAAGGCCCAGACCGUGGUUGACUUGGAAGACAUUAAAAUGUCUGCGGAUCCCCAAGGAGGAUCGGGCGCGCCUAUCCCCGUUGACUUCACCACUGGCGGCAAAGAGCCCGCGCCGAAUAGCCAGUCGACAGGAAAAGAAAUGGUUCCCAAGACGUCGCCUACUUACGCUGCGUUGACGAAGCAGGGCUAUACGAUCGUUGGCUCGCACUCCGGCGUGAAGAUUUGCCGUUGGACCAAGUCUGCCCUACGUGGCCGCGGUUCGUGCUACAAGUAUUCUUUCUAUGGUAUUCGAUCUCAUCUGUGUAUGGAGGCGACCCCGUCGCUCUCCUGCAGCAACAAGUGUAUCUUCUGCUGGCGACACGGCACUAACCCCGUUGGAACUACCUGGCGCUGGAAGGUUGAUUCUCCCGAGCUGAUUUUCCAAGGUGUGAAAGAGGGCCACUACAAGAAGAUCAAGAUGAUGCGUGGUGUGCCUGGUGUUCGCGCCGAGAGAUUCGCGGAAGCCAUGCGUAUUCGUCACUGCGCCCUCAGUCUGGUCGGUGAGCCCAUCUUCUACCCGCACAUCAAUGAGUUCUUGGAGAUGUUGCACGCGGAACACAUUUCCAGUUUCCUCGUGUGUAACGCCCAGCACCCCGAUCAGCUGGAAAACCUGAAGCGCGUCACACAACUGUACGUGUCCAUCGACGCGAGCAACCGCGAGAGUCUGCGUAAGAUCGAUCGCCCCUUGCACCGCGAUUUCUGGGAGCGAUUCCAGCGCUGCCUGGACAUCUUGCGCGAAAAGCGUCACGUCCAGCGUACCGUCUUCCGUCUUACGUUGGUCAAGGGCUUCAACGUCGACGACGAAGUCAUUGGAUACGCCAACCUCGUCGAGAAGGCUUUGCCGUGCUUUGUUGAGAUCAAGGGUGUGACGUACUGUGGCACCAGCACCAGCGCCGGUGCCGGUCUGACCAUGCAAAACGUUCCCUUCUACGAAGAGAUUGCUGCGUUCGUUGUCGCCCUCAACAAGGAAUUGGAACGCCGUGGUCUCAAGUAUGGCAUUGCUGCAGAGCAUGCACACAGUUGCUGCGUGUUGAUCGCAUCGGAGCGAUUCCACGUAAAUGGUAAGUGGCAUUCUCGCAUCGACUAUGAUCGCUUCUUCGAGUUGCUGGAGAAGGAGAAGGCCGACGGUACCUCCUUCACCCCUGAGGAUUACAUGAGAGAGACCGAGGAAUGGGCCCAGUGGGGCAACGGUGGUUUCGACCCGAACGACGAGCGAGUUUAUAAAAAGGGUAAAAAUAAGGCUAUCCAGCCUGCUGAGACCGCGCCUGCCCAGGCUCUAGACUUUUAAUCUUUCAUCGACCAACACAUACAUCAAACUUGGUUGUAUGAUCGACUAUCAUGAUUUAUGGAAAAGACUUUGGCACCCAAAUUAUGCGGUCAUUAGCAUUGGUGAUUGGAUGCGCUCGACGCUAUUCUAACAUCGAAGUUGGUUUUUUUAGUAUGAGGUCUCGGACCAGCCCAGCCACUUUCAUGCUGUGAACCCAGACCUUUCUUACGUUGUGAACAUUGCUGCAAUGUUUCAAUCGCUAUUCUGCAUACGCCAAAAAGGAACGCAAAAAAUGAUGUAUAUACAUAGCUUGAAUUCACGAUACCUUUUUUUGUUCUUUUGGAUGUUUGGAUGAUUGAAUUUCACGCGUGCCCAUCUCAACCUGAUCAAGCAGAAUCUGUCCUCUCUUCAACCCACCCUUUAAACUUCCUCGUGGACAACCCCAUCUCAAACAUCCUAUCAAUCUCCAUGGGCCUCCGAUCCUUCAUCUCCGGAACAAACAGCCACGUGCCUGCCAGCGCAAGGAUACAAAAACCCGUAUACACGAAGCCGGUUUUCGCACGCAGCGCGCCCUCGUCAGGGUUAAAUAUACCCUGCGUUUUGGCUCGUAGACACAGCGCCGAGGCUUCGGCUGCCACGACGUACGAGGCGGGCCAAGUGCUGAGACCG